AUGUUUUUUAUAAAAGAUCUAUCAUUGAAUAUUAUUUUGCAUCCAUCCUUUUUUGGCCCUCGUAUGAAACAAUACUUAAAAACUAAAUUAUUACAAGAAGUAGAAGGUUCAUGUACAGGUAAGUUUGGUUAUAUAUUAUGUGUCCUAGACUAUGACAAAAUUGAAAUUGAACGUGGUAGAAUUUUAGCAACUGAUGGUUCUGCAGAAUUUACAGUAAAAUACAGAGCAGUUGUUUUCAAGCCAUUUAAAGGUGAAGUUGUUGACGGUACCGUUGUGUCAUGCUCUCAACAUGGUUUCGAAGCACAAGUGGGACCAAUGAAGGUUUUUGUUACUAAACAUUUGAUGCCACAAGACUUGGUAUUUAAUGCUGGUUCUAAUCCUCCUUCUUACCAAAGUGCGGAGGAUGUCAUUACAAUUAAAAGUAGAGUCAGAGUAAAAAUAGAAGGUUGUAUUAGUCAAGUUAGUUCUAUUCAUGCCAUUGGUAGUAUAAAGGAAGAUUACUUGGGUGCUAUAUGA